CCGCGACUGCACAACGCAUGUAGUUCCCUCCCCACUCUCCCGCACACACCACCGCACACCAUGGUCAUAAACCCAACAUACCUCGCGCAGCGGACGCGCUCAUCAAAGAGCUGGAGCGAUGCGAAGACGAGGGUUCUCGCGAGUUACCGGGACUGGUUGAGGGCGGCCCCAGAAGUCCAAACCAUGUACUCGCUCAACAUGCCCGUUUCCUCGAUUCGCACAAAAGUCCGGCAGGAGUUCGAGCGGCAUCGAUAUGUUAGCCAGUUGAAGACGGUGGAUGUGCUGUUGAUGAAUAGUCAUCAGGAGUUUCAGGAAACGCUGAACUUCUGGAAACAACUCACGCACGUGCUGAAGUAUUUCCGAGCGGAGGAGGAUCCUCAGGCGAGACUGCCGAAGAACUUCAUUCAAGGCUUCAUUGAGGGCCGCAACUGAGUGUAGAGCACGGAUCGUCACGAAAGAGCUCGCAGCAUGUUGUAUAUAUCAUACCCGUAUCAAGGCUGCUUCUAACCAACUGACUUCGCCCUGUCCUAUCUUGCUAAAACAGCAAGUGCUUCCUCCUUGACCGUCGCAAUCGUGCCUUCUUCGCACGAUUCACUCGUCGCAGCGAUUUGCUUC